AUGGCAGUUCAUGCAACUAAAAUUGCUAUAAAAAAAGCUAAGCUGCAAAAUGCUGCAUUUUAUGGUGACGUGAGUAAUCAUAAUCCGGUGCUAUUGGCUUUCGAACAGGAGCUUGAAUGUUUUCUUAAAUUUUUUCGUCCAACAACUUACGAUGAUUCGAUAACUAAGCAAGCCAACAAUAUACAAUCCAGAAGAUAUUCUGCACUAUUCAAAAUAUGGAAUAAUUAUGAAAAUCGACUACCGCGUAACCUUUUUUACGAAAGAUUGCUUGACGUUGGUGAUUUCCUACUAAAAGAAAAGCAAUACCAAAUGGCAUUUAGUCUCUGCUAUUCGAGAUACCUUAAAUUACAUCAUAACGCAGAAUUGUUCGCGAAGCGGGGAAUUAGUAAAAUAAAUGAUUUAAUACAAUUAGAACAGAUGAGCGCGUUGGGAGUUUCUAUCAGCAAUGAUCAAAUCUUUAAGGAGGCCUUAAUGAAAAUGAAUUUAAUGAUAUUUCGUCGGAUAUGUAUUGAUUCACGUAGAAAAUCUAAAGGUCAACUCAGGCCACGGUUGAAACAAAAUUUGUCCGACAUUAAGAACCAGGCCUGGCCAAGAACCUUGACGGAAAGAUUAAUUAAUGACACAUUUAUCGGCAGCUCCGCUCAUUUUCUUGCUGUUUUGGAAGGUUUACAAUACCAUUCUCAUCGACGUACUUUGCAUAUUGGAUCUGUCUCAUUCGAUGCUGACGAAUUCGAAGUAUACAAUGAAUUAUUCUAUGCUGGAUUAGAACUUCUGUACCACAGUAGGGAUAGAGUAGCCAUCAAUAUCAACGUUAUUGAUCAUAAAGAUGAUUCAAGGAGAGUCUCUCAGAUAGAUUUAGCAAUAAAAGGUGGUAACGGAGUGACAUUAAUUGCGGCUACGAGGUUUGUCAAGGCGGCCUUCUCUUUUGAACACUGGGACACGUUUAAUACUCUUUGUGACCCAAUUCUUUCCUUCCUUAAGGAUCGAAAAGAUUAUCACAGCCUUGCAGAUUAUAAAAUUUUACAGUUAAUGAUAUCAUACAGAAAUAUAAUUUUCAGUCAGACACAUACGGCUAAAGCUGAAAAUUCGGCUAAUCAAGAAGAGGGUACGAUGCCUUUUGAGGCUCUCAAUGAUCAAGAUGCGAAGCAAGAUCGAUCCAUUAGCGGUAUUCCACCCAAUAAACAUUCCUGUCUUUUAGAUGAUCUUUUGAGAUUUGCAGAUGUUAUCGAAAGCUGUUUAGAGAUACCCUAUCAGGAAGCGUUAAAAAUACAUGACUCUGAGGUGAUUGCAGAUGCAGCGCUAAUGCUGCGAUCUCACUGUAAGUCUCAUUUCAACCGUGUGGUUUCUCCUACGUAUGAUAAUUGUCGUCAUAUAAUUAACGAUGAUAAUUCUAUCAAGUGGAUUCGACUACUAGAAGUUUCUAAUCGAAUUAUGAACGUCAGCAAUGCCACUCUAAUAGAUCCAAUAGGUGCGGGUGAAACAGCUUUGCGCUUAGCAUUGCUUCUAGAGUGCGUGGCCGAAAUGCCUUCUGCCGGUAUGGUUGUAGGUUAUCAAACCGUAAUCACUUCAGGGAAAAAUAGUGAUCGAUCUACUACAGGAUAUCAGACUUCAAGUAGUGCUGCACUUGGUAAUAUAAGAGUCAAUUCUAAUACAGCACCUACUGUAACACUAAGGGAAGCUAACAAGAGCAGUAAAAUUAGUUACAACGGCGACAUCCGUACAGAUCGUGAAAAUCUUGGUAGCAGUUCUGCAUUAAGUAAUCGCCAUAAUGACAGUUUUAUAAGGGGAAGUCAAAAUAAAUAUGAAAAUAGUGUGCAGUUUGAAGGCAGCAUGAUUCGAAAUCCUAUCAAACCUACCCUAGUUGUUGAAGAUGCAGAUAUAGAAAACGAAGCUAACCGAGAAUCAGUAACAGAACUGAGUAAUUUAUUAGACGAUGUUUCCUCGUACCCUUUAAGCUUCGAUCCUACAAGUGCAUAUUACUGCUUGAUAAAAGCUGGAAAUGUUUUGGAAAAUGUAUUGCAAGAAAUAGAUAAAUCAGCAGAUACUUACAUUGCAGCCGCAAGUCGGAUGUCAGAUAACGGCAAUGAGGCUAAGCGACAGCAUAAUGAAAAAGAAUCUCAUGUAAUUAAUGGAAACAAAAAUAAAAAUACCCUUCACAGUUCAAAGGACAACGCUCCUCCUCUGGACAAGACUGCAACACAAUAUGACACAAUAUUAUCAUUGCAAGCGGAAAUUUCUUUCGUUCUGUUGCGUAUCCUCUUAAAAUUAUCUAGAAUACAGAUAGAUGUAACGAGAAAGACAAAAGCUAAGAUUCGCCGUCCUUGCAAUACAACGCCGGUUAAAGAAGAGAUUAACAUGCCGUCAUAUUCAGAAGAAGACAUUAAGAAAAAAUAUGGUAGCAACACUUUUACCAAAGCUUUAUUCCUGAUGCAGCUUGUUGGGCUUAAUCAUGAAACGGGUGCUACCCUUAGUGAGUAUGAACGUCAGACCUUGGAACACAGUUACGAAUUGUUAUCUCAAUUACAGAAAAAUGAAGCAAAUACGGUGAUAAGUUCUAAGUACCAAGAAAAAACUGUCGAAGGCACAGUUCCACCUACACCUCAGCUACUUCAUCGGUCUGGUCAAACCAUGAUAUUCAAACCUGCACCAUUUGUUCCAUCUGAUGGCAGUAAAAUCGCUUAUUACUGCUUAUUUGGUCGGAAUGCCAGCGGAAGCAAUGUUAAAGCACGAUUGGGCGAUUAUCAAUUGUCCGGUACGGGCAUCUUAAUCCCAGCUGAUAAAAAUUCAUGUGAAAUUCAGGUUACCGAUCUAACACCUAACGAUCGCUAUACUUUUGCAUUUGCGGCUUACACUAUUGAUGGCACUCUAAUUGGCAAUAACGUUGGCAUCUCUACCCGUCCGAUUGUUGCCUCUAGUCCCGCGCAAGUAAUGAUGGGCUAUGCUCUCCUUUGUCAGGUGGCUUAUCAAGUCGGGGCAUAUGCGAUUGCUAAAUCAUGUGCUACUAUAUUAUGGGAGAACUUUGUUGAAGAUAUACCAACGAAACCUUCUCAAUUCUACAUAGAGCGAAUUAGUGAAGAAGUUGUUGUAAGACUACGACGGCUUAAAAAGUUAAAAGUUAUAAAUUGUUCGCAUAUUCUUUUACGUCAGUUCUUUCAAACCAUUUUUAUUGACUCGGAUUGUCAUAUUCGUGAAAAGUCGUUAUAUUGCAACACAUUGUGCGAUGACGGACCACUGUAUCCAGGGCAAAUAGCCCGGACACGUGAAUGCGAACACAUGGUAAUUGCAUUUGAGAUUGCAGGAUGGUUGAAUGAUUCUAUUUUGAUGAUACAAGUGUUGGUUCAAUGCUAUGGGCUAUUAGCACCAUUUAUACAGCUGCAAGUCCCAUCAUUUGCAGUAAUUCGUAUUCUUUUAAGGUGCCACUGUGUUAUGCACGAGUUGCCACCGGCGACAUUUCGAAGGCGCAAUCCCACUACGACCGAUUCACUACAUCGUAUGGUAGCCAGUAUUGAUUAUUUUGUUGCCCUAUGUUUACGCGUAACUAGACAAAAAAAGUUAGCUGAUUCUAUUAAUGAGGCGACGAAGAAACUAUUAUCAAUUGAUAGCACACCGGAAACCCAGCCAACCGAUAAUGAUCAUGAAGAAACCAUUAAUUUGAAUGAAUCUGCCAAUGUCGCAACUGCUUCGCAGAUAAUUGAUAAUAAAUCGAUUGCGUCACUUUCUAAAGUGGUUGAUGGUAGGACACUUUAUCCAGCAGGUGGAUCAUUAUCUCACAAUACCCUAUAUAAGUCAAAAAAGAAAAAGAAAAAGCAACGAAGCGGUAAAGAAAAAGAAAGUGAUCCAUAUCCGAACGAAAAACCUAAUGAUGAACUGAAAGCUCUAGAAGCUCUUAUGGUACAUAUGAACAGCUCAAAAAUGCACGGGCGCGAAGAAUUGACAGGUGCAGAAGAUGAAUCAGUUUUAUACGCGUAUAUACAAAAUUUACCUGCUCCGUUGGCUUAUCGUGAAGUAACCAAGUUUCGUCGUCGUGCUCGGUUUCUUGAAUUUUUUGUGCAUAUUGUGGUCAAAGCAUCGCAAGAAGGCCAUGCGGAGCUUAUACUUGAAUGGUCAACGGAAACAUUUCAUUGGCUUCAAAGGCGCAAUGAAAUGAUACUUGUAAAAAAUACAAAUGUUUUACGUCAAAAUGCGGGUGGUGGAAAUGAGGAUAGCAAACGGUAUGGUGCAGCAGUUAUCGAAUAUUCACAUCAUCAACAGCAAGAUUCAACAAUUUCACAGAAAUAUUUACGAAGUAAUUUUGUAGACGACAAACCUGAUUCUGCGCGUCAACAAAAUGACUACUAUGGUCGCACAGCCGUGCGACCGAGUCAUUUAAGGCGACAUGAGAGAAGCACAAGCAGAACUAAGGAGAGACGAGAAAGGAAUGAUGAUGAAAUGGCUGCAAUUCAAAUUUUAAAAAAUAUCUUGCCAGAUUUUUGGCGUGCUGCGUGCCGCCGUCGACGGUUGCGACAAGUUAGCAGUGAGGAAAUGGCUUGGAGAAGCCAGCUAAAUAUACAAUUGGGUUUAUGUAAUUUUACUAUUUUGAUAAAUCGAUUGGAAGCAUGGCGAAAAUUAACUGACUUCGAUUUCGCACUCUUAAAUAACAUCAUUGAUUACGAUUGGUUAGGUUUGCUUAACAUUGGAAAGGUCUUAAUAGAAUGGGACGGUAACCCUCUCCGAUGGUUUAUUGAUGAGAAUGAUCACGAAGUCAAUUCUGAUGAUAACACAGAUAAAAGCGAUAAGCAUGACGAUCGACCAGCAACUGUAGCUGCAACUCGAGAACCAGAAAUUAUCAACAACUUACAGCCCUCUCCGGAGAAAAAUCUGAAUGGGCGCUCUGAAGUUACUAAUUCUGCGCCUAUAGCUAAGAAAUAUCAACGAGGUCAAAGAAUUGUCGAUGAAGCAGAGAAUGAGAUGUACACUCAACAAUCAUUGGAUCUAGUAAAAAAAAUUUUUACGUGUUUUUCACGAGCAAUCACUCUAGCACACCGUGGUAGGCAUUGGAUACUAUUGCAAAAUGCAGCUCGUUCAAUGUGGAAUUGCAUUAAUAGUAUAUAUCAGCAUUGUUUAGCGUACUACUGUGUAUACGGAAAUGAAUUUUCUCCUGAGUUACCUAAUGGUUCCACACCAUUGCACUUUGAUAGUGUUAGAAAUAUUCUCUGGCGGCACUGUUACCGACUUGCCGAUAAUAUUCUUGAUAUGAUAGAGCAGAUUCAAGGCGAAGAAAAAGAAUUAUCUAGCCGGCGUAUGAUGAGACUGGAUAUAGUUGAUACUGAUCAUUUAACUGGGUAUUUUGGAGAACUUAAAAACGAAACGGGUGGCUCAGGUCUUUUUUUCGAGAGCCCCCUCGAUGAUGGAACAAAAUUAGAUUUGAGGUGGGUUUCGAAGGUGAUAUUAACUAGCAUACAGCACAUAUACCUGGAGGGUCGAUGGGAACACUUAGCUGAUUUAUGUAUAAGAUUUAACAAUAUAACAGGAAACAAGUACGCCAACAUUAUCGUUCCUCUCCAAGUUGUUGCACAGCGAAGAAUUGCGGCUCGAAUAUUAGCUAAUCAUGGCCAGUUACCUGAUUCUUAUCGUACGACAAUAAAAACAAUGUAUAAUUCUUCUAAAAAUGUAAAUUCUAAUACUGUAAAUCAGUCAACACCUCCAACGAGAUCAUCCGAUAUGACGUUUGAUCGUAUAAACGUUUACGAGAAUAGUAAUGAUGCGCUCAAAGUUACUAAUAUUUCACUUGACGUAGGGAGGAGUUUAGGAGUAUUACGACAAUAUCUUAAUAGCGCUAGCUACACAGCAAGAUGCGUGCAACAUUGUCGCCAAUUAUUACUUCGAUAUGUAGCUGGUAGAAUACGAUCAAGAAAUGGUCACAACACUCCCUAUUCAGAUGGAUCAGAAAAUACAUUUCAUGAUCAAGAACAAGUAAUUGAUUCUCCCAAAGACAUUUACAACGAAAAAUUUAAGAGUAUGCCUAGUCUGCAUUGUGUUCCCUUGAAGGAGACACAAUUUAAUGUUGUUUUAUCUGCUUAUCAAAAAACUAUUGAACUCCUACAGCAUCAAAAAGAUAAUGGCCUAAUUGCGCAAAUGAUGCAAGAAUUAGGCAAUUUAAUGUUUCAUGCAGGUGAUAUAAAAAUGGCCUUGAAAUGGUGGUCAGGGUCUCUUGAUGCCUUGUUAAAAAAGCCUGAUGCUUUAGCCAACUGGCGUGGUAUAUUUCGAGAUAAAGCAGAGUCAAGACAUCAUUAUAUUGCAUUGGAUCGCUGUGGAAUAUGGGGAUGCCUUAAAGUCGGUAUCAUCGCAGCUGAUAUUGCACAAUUUAUUCAUUCCACCGAUCUUGGUAUACGUCUUGACUGUUGCCUGUUAGCAGCAACUUUAUUCAAAGGUUUAUUUGCAACUUCACUUCCUCAUCCGUCUGCUGACACUGACUACGCGUUUUAUGAGAUUGGAGAUCAUAUUUCGCCUGAACUAUUAUCAGGUAUCGAUCUUUUCUCUGACUAUUUUCGCUGCGAUGGAAGCUCACUUCUUGGAGCCUUGCGAUAUGUUGCUUAUGAGUUAACUAGAUCAAAUUAUCAAUUAAGAGCUUUUCCAGUGCUGAUACUGUAUCAGUACUUAGCAACUUACAUCUGUCGUGAUGCUAAAGCCGCGGUUGAGGCAAGGAUACUUCGCAUAAUAGCAUUAACAGAUCUUGGCUACUACACCGAGGCGUUACUAGUAUUAGGGCAAACGCUGAAUGGCGAAAAAGUCCCGAAAAUAGAAGACAGUCAUUUUAGGCAGCCGGAGUCAACCGCUACUCUUUUGCGAUUUGUUAGUGCAAGACCGUUAACGGACGAAAAGAAUUAUAAAAUUAUCUCUCAGUUACUUGAAAAACCGAUAUCAAGUGGUUUAUCAACUUUAUAUGGAACUUACUUAACCAAUAAAUUGCGUUUGGCUCAAGCCCAUUUAGCCGUUGGUAUUGCAAAAUCUAUAACUGUUAUACCAGCACAGCAUUCGUCAGGUGAUUCAGAUUUUUAUAUUUCUGGUCGUGAGUCGAAAACGAAACAUAGACGGCAAUCAUCGUUAUUUAAAUCCUCUGCCGUAGCUUUUACACGAAAUAUUCAAUCAGUAUUGUUUAGAAAGCAAGAUGAAAUUCUCCACAAGGUACCCCUCAACAAAGCUCGUUCAAACAGCUUAGCCGUUAAAACGUCUAAAACUAAUACAGAUACUAAACAUGGGCCUAUUCCGAAGCUUGAAAUAAUUCGACAUAAUAUUGUAAGAAAUGCAGAGAAAUUACUAGUGCAGAUUUACGAAGAGGUAAUGGAAUCAGCCAAGCAAGCGUUAAAAUCAGAAUUAAAUGUCAAUAAUAUUGAAAUUAGUCUAGUAUUAAAAAAUCUUAGUGCCCUUGAACUGGAUGCUUUAACGCAGGUUUAUCUUUUAUUUGCCGAUAUUGCCCUUUUAAGGAAUCAGUCAUUAGUCAGUGCACAGUUGACAUUUGAUUGCUUAAAACUGAUACAAGAAUCUGUUAUUUUAAGUGAUGAGGACUACGGAGGUAGUCAAGUGUACUCUUCACUUUCUUCUGGUAUGUACGCAAAGUCGAAUCGAGCUAGGAAAAGUUUUGAGGAUUACUUUAGAAUGUCUCACCUUGAUAUGAGGCUGUGGUUGAAGUGUCGCCUAUGCCUUGUUGUAGCACUUAAUGAAUCGUUCGGUACCUACAAUAAAAACAGUGUAGAUCAAUUAUUUGGCGAUUGCAAAUAUCACAUUGAAGAAGGAAUUACUGAGGCUCAAGCCUUUAACGAACAUGAAGCUGCUAUUCAAUUUGCGACACAGGGCAUAAUAUUUGAUUUAAAGCAAGGGAAAGAUAGUAAAUUAAUUCAGCAAGAGCUAGAGGACGUUAUAAAAGUUGCUCAGAAUCUUCAAGAUACGUCUAUUAACACCCAAUUAUUUUAUACAUUGGCUCUUGCUCAACAAACGGAUUUAUCUGGUAUGCAAAAGAAUUAUUACACGUUAAAUAACUUAAAAGCGCGUUUUAAGGAGUACCAAGUUGUUCACGAGAUACUACUAAAUCAGUUAAUGAAUCUUGGUAUUCCAAUACAUAGGCAUAAAACCGAAUCUCAUUUUUCCUCGCCUUUCUCACCGUUACCUAACAUUUACCUCCCUCAGUUACUACACUUAGCUCAAAUUAAGCUUAGAAUCGGUCAUAUCAUGGCCCAGAUUGUUGCUGUUGAAGCAAUGGAAAAAGAUAUUAAGCCAUCAUACAAUGCUUGGCUGCCUGUUGCUAGUAUUUUGACAACUGCCCUUGAAAUAUUAAGAGUAUGCACUCAUAGAACUCCAAAUGUUGAAGCUGAGAUACUGUUAUCUCUUGGUCAAGUACAACGACAACUGUAUAAUUUACAUAAGAUGGAUGGACAGAUUGUAGCUUCUACAUUUGUCGAUGCAAUAAAAGUUAGUUAUAUGGCUAAUCACGAUCACACUCUUAUACGCCAAGCAUACCUAGAGAUGGCUUUAGUCUACUUAAAACGUACAGACGAUGAACUAGGUGAAGAAUUUGAAAAUUCGGAUAAUGCAGAGCUCGCUCAAUCAAACGUUGCAGGCACAUUGACAGAUAAGGGUCAACCGCUAACGAGCAUAUAUGCAGAUACUGAUAGAAUUUCUGCGCAAUCCCAAUCAACUCAUCAAAAAGACACACGUUACGGAAUUAGAACAAAAGGCAGAGGAAAACUGACUCGCGAUCAAAUACGUGCUGCUAAUUUAUUACAUCAGUUACCCACCAAAGCUCAAAGCGAGUCGACUGACGUUAGAAUAAAGCAGCAGAAGAAAGAAAAUGACAUAAAACUGAAAGAAGAACAGGAGAAGCAGACACAAAGAAGUGCCGAAGUUUAUGCUGCUUGGAGUUCUAUUCGUGCAGCGAGUUUGUCUGCCAGUGCUCGUCAUUACCUUAGCAGUCUAUCUAGUAACAUAAGUUCUUUAUCUUCAUCUCGAAUCCCUGUUGAUGCUUACGCAACGAUUCCUGAUUUCGCUUUGUUGGAUCUUCUAGGAGACAAAAUUUUAAACCGAGAUUUAGUAUGCGAUAAUGAGUCGAAUUAUCUUAAUUGGAGUCAAAUUUUGACUUAUUAUACAUGUCUGCAGCGCGAAUGUUUUAACGCAUCUACCGUUACCGUUGUUGAAUCUCAACCUAUUCCCGCCGAUAGCGAUUUAGGAGUCCAAGAGGAACUUGGUAUUAAUAUUCAUGACUCACAUCUAAGUUACAUUGGAGAACAGUCACGUAUUAGAGUUGCAGUCAUACGAACUCCAAUAUUCCUGAACAAGUCAGCUGCUAAAGUUGCCAGUAUGCAUACAUUCUUACUAAACACGCUAAUGCUUUAUAAAGAUAAUUGCUGUUCGGUAUAUCCACCAAUGAUGCUCGAUCUUUCACCUACUAGUCCAUCAAAUAAUAGCAUUACAACAGCCAUCACUUAUAAAAUUCCAGGAUCGAUGUCACUUAAUAAGGAAAAUAAGUCUGUUAUUGCGAAUGGUCAACUUCUGCAAGGAUUAUCUAUUACAUCAUCUACGUCUUUAUCGGCAACAGUGAAACAAGAAGCAUCAGAUUCUAAAUUUACUAUUUCUGGAUCUAAUCUGGUUACAAGAGAAAGCAAUGCAUCCGUAGCAAGCGAUAACGAAAUUUGUUUUCAAUGGUAUAGACCACCAAUACAGCGAAUAAAUUAUCAAUUGAAUGGAAAUUUGGAAAAUAAAUCAAAUGUACUGGAUAAGCCAUGCAUUAUUCUAUUAUACGCAAUUAACAUGAAAUCUAUUCCAGCUUCUGAUCCUGUUCAAGGAGCAAAAAAUGUACAUUGUGGUCAAAUUGUUAUCCCAUAUUCAGACGUAGUAGUAAUUCAUAAUGGCUUGAUAGAGCUAAAGCAUGCUGUUGAAGCCAUUAUUUCAUCAAAACUCCCUAAAUCUCCAGAUCAACAGAGUUCUCCAGGUAGAAGACGAAGAUCUCUUAAACAAUUGGCUGGAAUUGUUACAAAUCAAGAAAGUAUAAAAGCACAGUUAAAACAGUGCCAGUUGGAAAUCAUUCGACUAUUAACUUAUUAUAGUAAUGAAUCAGAUAUGUUGUUAAGUGAUAUUGAUAUUUCCUGUAUAUCAGGUUUAGAAAGCCUUUUUAAUCCGAAUCGAGGUCACAUCUAUACUGGUGGCGAACUAUUUACGUGGCUAUCUGCAUUAUUAAAGUCACCUAUUUCCGAAUAG